CAGGCGCCCGGGGGUGGAGGAGAGCAGAGGGACGCAAUUCUAGAGCUAGGACGCCUCGGAAGGAAGAGGAGGGGCGACUGCGCGUGGGGAAGAGAAGGAAGAGGCGUCCGGGGAAGGGAAGGGAAAGAAAGGGAAGAGAAGGGUGAGCGGGACCGGCGGCGGAGAGGAGCGCGGGGCGAGUCCGAGCGCCCGGGCUGGGCGGCGGCGGCGUGGCUUGGCUGGUUUCGGGCGCCGCGCGGAUCGCUCGCUGCAGCCGCCGGCCCGGCGGGGAUGUGCGCGCCGCGCGCCCCGCGCUGCUAGCGCCUCCGGGCCUCCAGCCCGCGCCGGCACCCUGCACCUCGCACCUCGCACCUGGCCGCCGCCGCGAGCCCGCGUCGGGCUGGGCUGAACGCGCCGAUCGCCGCCGUCAUGGGGCUGCAGCCCCUGGAGUUCAGCGACUGCUACCUGGACAGCCCGUGGUUCCGGGAGCGGAUCCGUGCCCACGAAGCGGAGCUCGAGAGGACCAACAAGUUCAUCAAAGAGCUCAUUAAAGACGGGAAGAACCUCAUCGCUGCUACCAAAAGUCUCUCGGCAGCCCAGAGGAAGUUUGCUCAUUCACUCAGAGACUUCAAGUUCGAGUUCAUCGGUGAUGCGGAGACCGACGAUGAGCGCUGCAUAGAUGCCUCCUUACGUGAAUUUUCAAAUUUUUUGAAGAAUCUCGAAGAACAGAGAGAAAUUAUGGCAUUAAGUGUAACCGAAACCCUGAUUAAGCCUUUGGAAAAGUUCAGAAAAGAGCAGCUCGGAGCCGUAAAGGAAGAAAAAAAGAAAUUUGACAAAGAGACAGAGAAGAAUUACAGCCUAAUUGAUAAACAUUUGAAUCUAUCAGCCAAGAAGAAAGACUCACAUUUACAAGAGGCAGAUCUCCAGUUGGAGCAAAACCGGCAGCACUUUUACGAACUGUCCCUUGAAUAUGUCUGUAAGCUUCAGGAGAUACAAGAAAGAAAGAAGUUCGAGUUUGUGGAGCCUAUGCUGUCAUUUUUCCAGGGAAUGUUUACCUUUUAUCAUCAGGGCCAUGAACUUGCCAAAGACUUCAAUCACUACAAAAUGGAACUACAAAUCAACAUUCAGAAUACCCGAAAUCGAUUUGAAGGAACAAGAUCGGAAGUGGAAGAGCUCAUGAACAAAAUCAGACAGAACCCCAAGGACCACAAACGAGCAAGUCAGUUCACAGCAGAAGGCUACCUGUAUGUCCAGGAAAAAAGACCAGCUCCAUUUGGUUCCAGUUGGGUUAAACACUACUGCAUGUACAGGAAAGCGGCCAAGAAGUUCAAUAUCAUCCCGUUUGAGCACAGAUCUGGGGGGAAACUGGGGGAUGGAGAAGUGUUUUUCCUGAAAGAAUGUACCAAAAGGCACACGGACUCAAUCGACAGAAGGUUUUGUUUUGACAUAGAAGCUGCUGACCGGCCUGGCGUGUCCCUGACCAUGCAAGCGUUCUCGGAGGAGGAGCGGAGGCAGUGGCUAGAAGCUCUGGGUGGAAGAGAGGCUCUGUUCCAUAGUUUUAAUAAAGCCAUCAUCCCAAGGCCAGAAGGAAGUGCACAGUUGGAUGCAGUGGGAUUCACCAUUCUGAGAAAAUGCAUCAGUGCGGUUGAAACACGAGGUAUAAAUGACCAAGGAUUGUACAGAGUUGUGGGGGUGAGUUCAAAGGUCCAGAGACUUCUGAGUAUGUUGAUGGAUGUAAAAACUUGCAAUGAGUUGGACCUGGAGAAUUCUGUAGACUGGGAAGUGAAGACCAUAACAAGUGCCCUGAAACAGUAUUUGAGGAGUCUUCCAGAACCUCUCAUGACCUAUGAGCUACAUGGGGAUUUCAUUGUUCCAGCCAAAAGUGGCAGCCCAGAAUCUCGCGUCAAUGCUAUCCAUUUCUUGGUGCACAAACUGCCAGAGAAGAAUAAAGAAAUGUUGGAUAUUUUGGUGAAGCAUUUAACAAAUGUUUCCAGUCACUCCAAGCAGAAUCUAAUGACUGUGGCAAAUUUAGGCGUGGUGUUUGGACCAACACUGAUGAGGCCACAGGAAGAAACUGUCGCUGCCAUCAUGGAUCUGAAGUUUCAGAAUAUUGUCGUGGAAAUUCUAAUUGAAAACCAUGAAAAGAUUUUUCGGACCUCACCCGAUACCACAUUCCCCGAGUCCAUGUGCCUGUCCUCUUCACCCCCAAAUGCUCCACCAAGGCAAUCAAAGAGACAAGGACAGAGGAUGAAGAGACCUGUGGCCGUGUACAAUCUGUGUCUCGAGCUGGAAGAUGGUGAUGGUCCUAACUCUCCAAAGGAGGAUACCCCCACCAGCAGUCAGGACUCACUUUCUUCCCCAUCUCCUACCGCUGCAGCUGUGCAUGGGCUCCCUGCAUCAGACAGAAAUCACCUCCUGGCAGAUGGAGGAACCUGCGGGGACUUGGUAGCCACUACCCCAGGCCAGACUCGAUCAUCUAUGGCCCAGUGGCUUAACCCACAAUCUCCAACCACAUCAGGCCCCAACCCAGCUGUUCCAUCUCCUUCACCCAGUUCAUCUCCUUUUCCCACCUCUCCUGCUGCCAACAGAGCUGACAAGCCACCGGAAAGUGUCAUCAAUCGGAAAGCUCGAGCAGUGUACCCAUGUGAAGCAGAACAUAGCUCGGAAUUAUCUUUUGAAAUAGGAGCAAUUUUUGAGGAUGUACAAACCUCGAGGGAACCUGGUUGGCUCGAAGGGACUCUGAAUGGCAAGAGGGGUCUGAUUCCCCAGAAUUACGUCAAGCUGCUGUAGCCCCAGCCUCUAGGGCCCCACACAACCACCUGGGAGUGGCAUUUCACACCCUGCGACCACACUCGGGAAUCACCAGUCACCUGCCACACUCUAGGGCCUGGGAAUGGAUGGAACUUGCCGUGCAGAACUGCGUAGACAGGCGGAUGAGUAGGCAAGCAUCGGGUUCACAGAACGGAUUUUUCCUUUGUCAAGAACCAGGAUGUGGGGAGUUUUAAUCAUUCAUCCUGUGGAAGGAGAGAGAGGACAGCUGUCUGCCUCCUCCAUUGGCAGCCAUGCUGCCAGCUCCACGGAGGACCCCUCUCCUCCCUGCACCUGCUGCCGGGAUGUUAAAGGGAACUGUCCUUCCUGCUCUGGGCUGCGGGAGUGGGGAGCAGGCUGGGGCGCAGCUGUCUGCUCCUGCAGGGGUUGGUCUCAACCUUUCCAAGCCUGCUCCUUCCCGCACGGCUGCCUGGGGACCCCACACUUGCUCCACUGGCCCUGAGCACACCACGUAUUUAUAACAGGCUCCUCCUCGGGGCUCCUCACCUGAGUGCUAUUUGCCCACUGCCACCUUUUUACCCAAGAUCUCUCUGUAAAUGAAUAAAAUGUAAUUUACUGUUGGAUUUGUGUGGCCUCCUGUGAGAGCAGGGGCGGUAGGACUGAUUGCCCAGAAAUCGUUUGUGAUUCUGCAGUCCCUGGAUGGAAAGUCACGUUCACCUGGUGGUGGCUCACACGGGUUCACAGGUAGGACUUGCUGAUGGAGCCUUGCUCUCCUCCUCAGCGGGGUGUUCUGGGAGGCAGGGGCCAAGGUUCUCUCUGGUACGUGAGAAUCUAAGGUGCUGCCACUCUGCUGCACGACCCUUUCUCCCAGAGGCAGGCGGGACAGUAGCAGUGCUACAGCACAGUUAACUGGAGUUACCUGCAUUAGAAAUGCCCACUUCUGGCUGUGGCUGAAGGAUGAACUUAGGAAGGGGGACAGCAUGCCCCCCAUGUGUGGCACCACCAGUUGUCUUGCAGCUUGAGUGGACUAAAAAGGCAAAGGAGGAAGAAGUCUCACUUCUGGUGUUUUGGAGGAGCUAGUCUUCGCCAUCACCUUCUGAUGCCCUCACCGGCUUCCAGCAGAUUCUCCAGCUGUGCACACACCCUUCAGGCUGCCCAAUGUGGACUCCAGCAGGACUCUGCAGGGAGCUCCAGGUCUUCCAGCUUUGACUGGAUCGUUCCAGUCUGCAGCACACAGACGGCCCUUUCGGUUUCUUCCCACACCUGACUGCAGGGCAGCCACUGUUAGCCUGCCUUGUAAAUCAUAAAAAUAAAGAAAUAAAAACAUA